GCGUACCUUUCAUAGGUACCACUGCGACACCACGCCCCAAUCCUCCUCUCCCAGAUCCUUCCGUGCCCACACCAUCUCCUUCCAUCACUGUCACCUCGCCUCGGCAGUUCGCCCACUUCAUCCGACAGGACGACGUCACCUUCUUUAUGGUGGACGUGACGGAUCUCUUACACUAUGAUCCACCCUGUCCCGACGCCGAGCUCAUCCCUCUGGAGCCAAAUCCUCCUUCUAUCUCCAUGGCUCCCAUCUCUACUUCCGUCCCUCCGCCAUCCGUCGAGUCCACUCCGCCGUCGCGCGCUGACGCUGACGCUGAGGAGCUCGCACGCUAUACGGCUGACCUGGAGCCCGCAGUUCGUGACCUCAUCCGAGAGUACCACGACGUUUUCCCAUCGUCGUUCUCGUACGCCGGCAUCCCACCGAUGCGUGACGUCGAGCACUCCAUUCAGCUUGUGCCUGACUAUCGUGUUCACCACCAGGCACCCUAUAGACUCUUGAUCCCCGAGGCCACCGAACUCAAGCGUCAGCUUGAGGAGCUCCUGAGACUGGGUUUCAUUAAACCCAGCAACUCCCCGUGGGGUGCACCCGUCCUCUUUGCUCGCAAAGCGGAUGGAACUCUUCGUCUCUGCAUCGACUACCACGGUCUCAACCGCUACACGGUUAAGAACAGCUACCCCAUGCCUCGUUCCGAUAAGUUGUUCGACCGCCUAGCAGGCAACCACUUCUUUACGAAGAUCGAUCUUCGUAGUGGUUACCAUCAGAUCCGCGUCGCUGCAGCCGACCAGUCGAAGACCGCGUUCCGAUCGCGAUUCGGCCACUACGAGUUCACGGUGAUGCCAUUCGGCCUCACCAACGCACCCGCUACCUUCCAGAGGGCGAUGAACGACAUCUUCAAGGACAUCCUGGAGCAGUACGUUCUCGUCUACCUCGACGAUAUCCUGGUCUAUAGUCGUACCCUUGAGGAGAACCUCAGACACCUCCGUGACGUCCUUGACCGCUUGCGCAGACAUGGCUUCUACGCCAAGUUGAGCAAGUGCCGCUUUGCCCAGCACAAAGUGGAUUUCUUAGGACACUACUUGUCUGACCAGGGUCUCCACAUGGACGACGCGAAGAUCACUGCUAUUGCGGAGUGGCCAGCCCCCACAUCCGCCAAGCAACUUCGCAGCUUCCUAGGCCUGACCAGCUACUAUAGUAAUUUCAUCCGGGGAUACACUAGGUAUUCCUACGUCCUUACCUCCACCCUCCUCCGGAAGAACCCACCCUGGGCUUGGACACCCCUCCACGAGGACGCCUUCCGCGCCCUCAAGAAGGCGGUGACAUGCGCACCGGUUCUUCACCUACCCCAUUUCGAUCGCCCUUUUAUCCUUACCACCGAUGCGUCAGACUUUGCUGUAGGAGCAGUGCUUUCUCAGCUACGUGUCCGAGCAGUAGCAGAGUUCCAUGACCAGGCAGCCGCCGGUCAUAUGGGCUUCCACAAGACGUUGGCUCGUGUGAGCCGACUGUACGUCUGGCCGAAGCGCAAGGACUUUCUGUACGUCUGGCCGAAGCGCAAGGACUUUGUGAAGGACUACGUCGCAGAGUGUCCCACCUGUCAGGAGGUGAACAGUGCGAACCACCUACCUUAUGGUUUGCUCCAGCCUCUUCCUAUCCCUGAGGGUCGUUGGCAGUCCAUCUCGAUGGACUUUAUCGGUCCUCUUCGACCUCCGACCCCCCGCGGUCAUGAUGCUAUCCUGGUCGUCGUCGACCGCUUCACGAAGCGUGCACGCUUUGUUCCGUGCCGCUAUGCUAUCAGUGCACGUGAGGUCGCUGACAUCGUGUUUGACCAAGUCGUGCGCGACCACGACUUACCUCUCAGCAUCAUAUCUGACCGUGACCCGCGCUUUACCAGCCGAUUCUGGCGACGGCUCCACGAGGUAUACGGCACUCAGCUCCGCUUCUCCUCGUCUUACCAUCCUCAGACUGAUGGUCAGACCGAGAUCACGAACAGGACUCUCGGAGAUAUUMUCCRAAAGAUUGUUCGUGACGACCAGCAGUGGGACCUCCAUCUUGCCCACGCGGAGAUAGCCUACAACCGCGCCGUCUCGSCAGCCACGGGGAUGUCGCCUUACUAUUGCGACCUCGGCUAUCACCCUCGUGUUCCCACGGACUUCCUUCGACCGUCACAAAUGCACCCCGACGUGGUAAUGCAAGCAUGGUCACGGAUGCCAUGGAGGAACACACCGAGACCAAGGGCUACACAACAGCUACAGUGGCCACGGAUGCCAUGGAGGAACACACUAAAACCAAAGGCGACACAGCAGCUGCAGUGGUCACAGAUGCCAUGGAGGAACACACCGAGACCAAGGGCGAACACAGCAGUUGCGGGUCGAGUUGCUCCCGCGGAAUCAAUUGUAAAAGCAACCAAGGCCGAUAAGGAAGAGGCUGCGAACCGAGAAGGGGCAGCCAGGGUCACAAACGGCAUGGAAGGGGCUACUAAGACUGAUGAGGACACAGGUGCGACAGACGCAGGUAAUGAAGAAGAGGUUGUGAUAAGUGUGGCAGAUGUCGGUAAUGAAGAAGGGGUUGUGACAGGCGCUGCGAUAGAUGUGACAGGCGCCGGUAAUGAAGAAGGGGUUGUGACAGGCGUAGUCCGAGGAUAGUAUGUGGAUAUCUGAGAAAGCGGGUGGUGAAUAGACCAUCGAGGCAUGUUGUGGAACCAGUUGGAGAGGCGGGCCACAUGCGCAGGGUACCUGUGUUGACGUUUACAAAUAUAGGAAGUUCAUCCUUUCACAAGCGUUAUUGGAGAGUGCCCACGAAAAAGCAUGCGGCGUGUGAGCAUAUCGCUGCUGCAGCUUUGAAAUCAUACCAGUUGUUGCAAACAUACUCAAACAUGGUAAGCUGGCAUGUAAACAUUCC